AUGACCAGCUCCAACUCGCCUGUGCAGCCAGGAGCACUCUUGCCUCCUCAGAUUCCACCUUUCAUGCCUGGCCCGUCAGGAAUUACAGGGAAUCCUCCUCCUCCUCCAGAUAAACCUCUGCCUGCUCCCUUCUCUCCACCAAUGCCUAUGGGGAUGCCUCCAAUGCCCAUGGGAAUGGCACCCAUGGGUUCGAUGCCUAUGGGCUUACCCGGAAUGCCAAUGGGCAUGCCUAUGCUCGGUGGUCCGCCACAAGCCAAACUUCCCGUCAUUGUCAUGCCGUUCUACUCUCCUGAUCCAGCUUAUAAAGAUCCUAGACCAGAUUCGAAGAAGCCUUCUGAACCCCACAAAAGGAAAGUCAAGAUUAUCAAGAAAUCACAUCAUCAUCAUCAUGAUUCUGACGCUGACUCAAGCUCGGACACUGACGGUUCAAGUUCUGGCGAUUCGAAUGACUACGAGAGAAAGCGUUGGACUUGGAAAAACCGCAGGGCUAUGAGGAGACAUAAGAGAAUGAGGCAUGCUAAAAAACAGGAGUUCUUAACGCCCGUCCUACAAUACGUUAGCAAAGACGGGUUUGUUAUAUUUGAAAAACCUAUUUCAAAAGGUGAAGCAAAGGAUUGGUUAAGUGAUAGUGAUGGCCCUAAUGAAGAUACUGUUAAAGUAAAUAGAGCACGAGAGACCAACAAGAAAUAUAGCAGAGAUGAAGACGAGACGAGGCCAAAUAAACGUGUUGUUACUAAAGACUUAUCAAAAGAGUCAGAUCAUAAAAUGGUAAUUCAAAAGAUUCAAAAACGGCAAAAAAACCCUCGUCAAGAAAUUCGCGAAGAAUCGAAGAGUAAACAGCACUAA